AUAAUGGAUGAAAGAGUUGAUUUAGUUGUGUUGGGUGCCACAGGUUUCACAGGACGAUACGUUGUUAAACAUUUAGCUUCAAUUAACAACGAAUCUGAUUACACUAAUUUGACUUGGGGUAUAGCAGGACGUUCGAAAGAAAAGCUAAAUUAUUUGUUGGAGGAGCUGGUCGAUAAAGGUGUUAACGUAAAGAAUAUACCAGUAAUAGAAUGCGAUAUAAAAAACGAAGGCAUGGUGUACGAAGUGUGUCGUCGAGCAAAAGUAGUAGUGAACUCCACUGGCCCAUACACUACCCUAAGCGAGCUGGUGAUCAAGACCUGCAUUCAAACUAAAACGCAUUACGUUGAUAUUUCUGCCGAGUUACACCAAAUGCUCAGUAUAUACAAACGUUACAAUAAAGCUGCAGAAGAUGCCAAUGUUCUAAUUAUUGCUGCUUGCGGGUAUGGCUCCAUACCAGCGGUAAUGGGCUUCGUUCACCUGCAAAAUCAUUUUAAAGGCACAUUGCAAACAGUUGAAUGCUACACAGAAAUAGAAAUGCCAAAAAGGGUUUAUAGUUUGGGAAAUAUACUAUGUGGCGGGGACAAUUGUCUCGUACACUUCGGUACAUGGGACUCCCUAGUGCACGAAUUGGGAAACUUUCCAGAGUACUUCCGGAUGAAGCAAGAAAUAUUUCCUGAUGCUAUAUAUGGACCAGAGCCAGAGGAUAUUAAAAAGUCAUUUUUUCAUCGAAUGCGUUCAAAAAUUUGGUUCCCUUAUCCAGGCCCUGAUAGUAACAUUGUGGACAUGACACAGCGGUACUUAUACGAAAAAGAAGGGAAACAGCCAGUUCAUUUUAAGAUGUACACAACAAUGCCACUACUGAUACAUUUAUUUUUUAUAAUUCCGAUCUUCUAUUGUUAUUACUGGCUGUCUUAUUUCAAGUGCUUUAGAUCAUUGUUACGGAGAUAUCCUAGAUUAUUUACGGCUGGAUUUAUGAGCCAUGAAGGGCCAAGUGAAGAUAAUAUGCACGAUACAAAAUAUAGCUUUGUACUAUCGGGGAACGGCAGGGUAAAUUACAAAAAUAAGACAAUGCAUUUAAAGAUUUGUGGGACGCACCCGUACGAAGCCACAGCGAUAGCCUUUAUUUUUUCGGCAAUAACUAUAUUAAGAGAUUAUUCGUAUAUGCCAAAAGGUGGUGUGCUUACGACAGGUGCAGCAUAUUACCGAACCAAAUUAAUUGAUAGACUAAAUAAACAUGGUAUCAAUUUCGAGUUUCUAUCCGAUGAUGGAGAGGAAGUAACUGAAAGCAACAAAGAGCAAAAUUGAGAGUAUGACAUAAAAGACAGCCAGUUUU